AUGCCCGCACGUUCAAGUAUGUAUAUUGAAUUAUACACUCCGGCGGCGGAGAAACAGGAAGCGAUCAGGAUGUCGCUACAUACUGGAGGACAUAGACAUGGGGAUGAUACGGCAUCGGUUGAUGGAUCGACGGGGAGUUCGAGUAGUAUUGCUACUUCUUGUGGUAGAAGUAGAAUUGAGAAUCCGAUGAUGAAAAUUGGGACCAGACUACCUUCAACUAUAAAUCAGGGGAAGUCGGUGGAGAUUAAGGUUAGCGGGAGUGCGUAA